AUGAUGAGCACAGACGUGCAUAGCCUGUGGUUCUUUACUUUAUCUUCGAAAUGGCAAUCUCUGUCUCUCAUUAACAUCAUGCCUCUCGCAUUUCUCGCUCUAUUAUCAUACAUGAUCAUCAUCUGGUCUCAUCCCGGCGGCCAAGCCUGGCGUAAUUCAAAAUCUCCCCCAAUUCCAGGCCCCAAGGGCCUCCCCAUCAUCGGCAGCAUGGGCCUCAUGUCCGGCCUCGCCCACCGCAAAAUCGCCGCCGCCGCCGCUUCCACAAACGCCAAACGCCUGAUGGCCUUCUCCCUCGGGCAGACCCGCGCCAUCGUCACCUGCAAUCCCGACGUGGCCAAAGAGAUCCUCAACAGCUCCACCUUCUCCGAUCGCCCCGCUAACGAGUCGGCCUACCACCUCAUGUUCAACCGCUCCAUCGGCUUCGCCCCCUACGGCGUCUACUGGACGGCGCUCAGGAAGAUGGCGGCGGCGCACCUCUUCUGCCCCAACCAACUCCGCAAAUCGGAGAACCAGCUCGUCCGGAUAGCCAACCAGGUGGCGGCGGUGCUCGCCGCCAACCGAGGCGGUCGAGUGAGGGACGUGCUGAAGCUGGCCUCCCUGAACAACAUGAUGUGCUCGGUGUUCGGCAGGGAAUACGACGUGAGGGCGGUGAGCGAGGAGGCAGCGGAGCUGUAUGAUUUGGUGGAGGAUGGCUACAGUCUUCUCGGCCUCGUCAACUGGUCCGACCACCUUCCUUUCUUGGCUGAUCUCGACUUGCAGCAAAUCCGCCUCAGGUGCUCUCGCCUCGUGCCAAGGGUGAACCGCUUUGUCGGCCGGAUCAUUGCCCAGCGGAUGGCGGAUGGUGGUGGUGGCGGCGGUGCUGAUUUUCUGGAUGUUUUGCUGUCGCUGGGGGGACCUGAUAAGUUGUCGGAUUCAGACAUGAUCGCCGUUCUUUGGGAAAUGAUAUUUAGGGGAACAGACACAGUGGCAGUUCUGAUGGAAUGGAUUUUGGCAAGACUAGUAUUGCACCCUCAUAUCCAGUCAAAGGUCCAUGAUGAGCUAGAUAAAUUUGUUGGGGGAUCACGUGCGGUCAAGGAAUCGGAUCUAACCGAGCUGGUCUACUUAACGGCGGUGGUCAAGGAGGUCUUAAGGUUGCACCCUCCGGGCCCCCUUCUCUCCUGGUCCCGUCUCUCCAUCAGGGACUCCCUCGUUGACGGUUAUCACGUUCCUGCAGGGACCACAUCCAUCGUCAAUAUGUGGGCCAUCAUGAUAGAUCCUCAAAUUUGGAAAGACCCUCUAACAUUUAACCCGAAUCGUUUUCUCGACCCCAAUUCCUCUACCGACUUCCCCGUCUUCGGGUCAGACCUCCGAAUAGCGCCCUUUGGGUCGGGUCGGAGGUCUUGCCCUGGCAAGAAUUUGGGAAUGACCACAGUCAACUUUUGGGUGGCUACCCUUUUGCAUCAAUUUCGAUUUGAGUCUUCUAGUGAAAGCGUUGACUUGUCGGAACUGCUGAGACUGUCCUGUGAAAUGGCUAAUCCUCUCGCGGUCACAGUCCAACCCAGGCACUGUCUUACGACUUCUCUCUAUUAG